AUGGCUACUCCAAUCUCUUCUACCCCAACUGCAACAUCGUCCUUUUCCAAAAGAGAACGCCGUCAGUCAAUGGCUGAACGUAGACCUUCUACUUCAUAUACACCAGCAGUCAUUCCUCAUUUGGCUGGUUUAGAAACUCCUCAAGAAAUGUCACCAUUAAAAUUGGAAGAAUGUGAUGUUGUCAUUAUCGGUACUGGAUUAUCUCAAAGUAUCCUUGCAGCUGCUUUGGCAUGGCAGGGUACUCAAGUUUUACAUAUUGAUAACAAUCAUUAUUACGGAGAUUCUUCCUCGUGUUUAACAAUUGACCAAUUGAAGAAAUGGUGUGUUGAUGUUAAUCAAGGAAAGUUUAAUCACUUUAAAGAUGCACAAAUCUAUAUUCCUGGUGGUAAGAGAUCCAACAAGUAUACCCUGAGAGACUAUGGUAUUGAUUUAACUCCGAAAAUUAUGUUUUGUCAAUCAGAUUUAUUAAGCUUGUUGAUUCAAUCUCGAGUUUAUAGAUAUUUGGAAUUUCAAAGCUUGGCUAAUUUCCAUGUAUUUGAAAACGAUGAUUUUAAACAGAAAAUUACCAACUCAACUUCCAAGCAUGAUAUUUUCACUGAUAAGACCUUAAGUUUAAUCACAAAGAGAAAUUUAAUGAAGUUUUUGAAAUUUAUAUUAAUUGAAGAAGAACACGUUAGAAGAGCAUUGGUUAAACAAUAUUCGAAUCGUCCAAUCCAUGAAUUCUUGACUCAGGAAUUUAAAUUAGAAGAAUCUCAAAUCAAUGAAUUAGUUUAUUCCAUUGGUUUAUGUAAUAAGCAAGAAACUACAACUAAAGAAGCAGUCAUCAGAAUUAGAAGAUUCCUUUCUUCAUUUGAUUGUUAUGGUAAAUUUCCAUGUAUGACUUCUAAAUUUGGUGGUCCAGGUGAGAUCCUGCAAGGUUUCUGCCGAAGUGCAGCAGUUGCAGGUACAACAUAUAAAUUAUCUACGACAAUGACUGAUUUUGAUCCAGUAUCGAAGACCGCGCAUUUCAGUGAUGGUUCAAACAUAAAAGUUAAUGAAAAGAUUAUAAUUUCACCUACACAAAUCCCCAAGUUUCUAGUUCCAAGUUAUCAAAAAUUGACUGAAAGUUUACCUUCAUAUUAUAUCACUCGUUUAAUUACAGUAGUUAAACGUGAUUGUAAGGAAUGGAUGGACCCACCACAACUGGCAUCUGCUGCGAUUGUGGUAUUCCCGCCACAUUCUCUUCCAACAGAUAAUGAAAGUGCAGUACAAGUUAUAAUUCAAAAUGGAGAUUCAGGAGUGUGUCCUGAAGGUCAAUCUAUAUGGUAUAGUCAUACAUGUGAGCAAGAUCUUGCCCGGGCUAAACGAGACUUGGAAUGUGCAUUUGAAAAAAUGGAAAUGGCUUUAUUAAGAGGAACACCUGGCACCAUUCCUGAUGUGUUAGACGACAUUGAUUUAUUCUCUGCUGGAACAACACCCAUGGCUGAUUCAUUCAAAUUAGGUAGUUCCUUGGCUAAUUUUAUGCCUAAGGAAAAGGUGGAAAUUGUUUGUAAAGUAGGAUAUGUUCAACAAACCUACAUUAAUCCUGAUUUAUCGAAUGUUUUCAAAGCUAAUCCUAACAAUAGUAUAACUUGUAAAAAGGUACCUACUGGUGUUGAUGAUGAAGAUAUGAUUAUUUUUGGUAAUAUGCCAUCCAGUGAGUUAAGUUAUGAUGGAAUCAUUACCAAUGUCAAACAAAUAUAUGCAAGAGUUACCGGAACAGAUGAUGAUUUCUUUGAUGUUGAUUUCGAGGAUGAUGAUGAAGAAAUGCAAGACCAUCAACAACCUCAACAACCUCAAGUCAACCAACUGGGGCAAGUACUUGGUGGAAUUGUAGGUGGUGGUAGAAUGGAUGAAGAUGCAAUUGAUGAAGAUGUCAUUGAGGAUGAUAGUGAUGAUGAUCAUAAGCCAUUUGGUGUGGAUCAAAUGGAGUUGUAA